CGAGCCAAGGCCGUGAGCCGCGGAGGCAGCGCUUGUGUUCGCCGCGUCAGUCUCAGCGCCCUGUCUUACGUCGCGGCUUCUUCCUCUUUCUUCUCUCGCUCUCUCCUGCGCCUGAAGUGAGGGGGCGCCUGGGCCGGCUCGGAGGCUGCUGAGGUAAAAGGAGGCCGCGGGAAAGACGCGCGGCGGCGUGGAGGCCUGGAGGGGAGCCUGAGGCGGAGGAAGGCCCCGACCGACUGCCGCCACUGGGCCAUGAGCCGCACGUGGGGCCGCCUCUGAAGCCGCUGCUCCGAACGAAGAGCAUGCUCUGGACCCAGCCCGGCUUUCUCCAGGAAUUGAUGCACUUACAAUUGACGAGUCACUAUGCUGCUCCACCUGUGUAGUGUUAAGAAUCUGUAUCAGAACAGGUUCCUGGGCCUGGCUGCUAUGGCAUCUCCAUCUAGGAAUUCACAGAAUCGCCGCCGGUGUAAAGAACCGCUGAGAUACAGCUACAACCCAGACCACUUCCACAACAUGGAUAUUGGAAAUGGCCCCCAUGAGACGGUUACUAUUCCACGUUCAACCAGUGAUACAGACUUGGUCACUUCAGACAGCCGAUCUACACUCAUGGUCAGCAGCUCCUAUUAUUCCAUAGGACAUUCACAAGAUCUGGUGAUUUAUUGGGAUAUAAAAGAAGAAGUAGAUGCAGGGGACUGGAUUGGCAUGUAUCUCAUUGAUGAAGUCUUAUCUGAAAAUUUCCUUGACUACAAAAAUCGUGGGGUAAAUGGCUCUCACCGAGGUCAAAUUAUCUGGAAGAUUGAUGCCAGUUCUUACUUUGUAGAAUGUGCCUUGAGUCCCAGUCUUGGAAAAUUGCUGAAACACACUGAAACAAAGAUCUGCUUCAAAUACUACCAUGGAGUGAGUGGGGCACUGCGUGCAACAACUCCCAGUGUAACAGUGAAGAAUAAUGCAGCUCCUAUUUUUAAAAGUAUCACCAAUGAAGAUUCGGUCCAGGGACAGGGAAGCAGAAGACUGAUUAGUUUCUCAUUGUCAGAUUUCCAGGCUUUUGGUCUUAAGAAGGGCAUGUUUUUCAAUCCUGAUCCUUACCUAAAGAUUUCAAUCCAACCUGGAAAGCACAGCAUCUUCCCAGCUCUUCCACAUCAUGGACAAGAGAAGAGAUCCAAGAUCAUUUGUAACACUGUCAACCCCAUCUGGCAAAGAGAGCUGUUCAGUUUUGUUUCCUUGCCCACUGAUGUCCUGGAAGUAGAAGUGAAGGACAAAUUUGCAAAAAGCCGGCCCAUCAUUAAGCGUUUCUUGGGGAAGCUUUCCAUGCCAGUGCAACGGCUGCUGGAGAGACAUGCCAUAGGGGACAGGGUUGUCAGCUACACUUUGGGACGUAGGCUGCCAACAGACCAUGUCAGUGGCCAGCUGCAGUUUCGGUUUGAAAUAACUUCUUCAAUCCACCCAGCAGAUGAUGAAGAGGUCUCCCUUACUGCCGAUCCUGAGUCAGUGGAUUUCCAGGAAAGCCCCCUGAAUAUGUCAGCAGAGGAAAUCCUCGGUGAGCCUCCGUGCACCAGCACAGUGAGCUCUGAAAAUGCAGCUCCAGAGAAGCUAAAUGGAUACCCAGUGAUCUGCAUCAAUUUUGAUAAUUCUGGUUCCGGGGAGCUCACCUUGAACAGCUUCCUAAAAGAAGAGCUAGCAGGAAAUGGGGAGGUGGAUGCAAUGCCAGCAGACACGGUUGAUCCUUUGGAAUCCAUCCCAGGGGAAAUGAUGCCUUCCCUCAGUGCUGUGGACCUCGCUGAGCAGCUGGCUCUGUUGGCAUGCAUGCCCCCUGAAUCUGAAGUUAGGGAAAACAAUAAAGUCAAUUCCGUUACUCAGGGAGGCAAUGAUAACAUCUUUACCAGCAUAGAAGCCCUGUCUAUUGAUGAGGUGAGUGGAGAUACACAAGCAGUCAAGGAUCUAGAGAAGAGUCAGGAUGAUGAAGGGGCUUCAGCCCAGGAGGAGGAGGAGGAACAGGAGCAGGAGGUGAUGGAGGAGGACAGUCACGAGGAGAACAAGCUCCAGUUAAGGACCAUGGUCAAAAGGAAGAACAGGCCAUGUUCCUUGCCUGUGUCAGAACUUGAGACAGUCAUAGCCUCUGCCUGUGGGGAGCCUGAGACUCCUCGGACACACUACAUAAGGAUACACAAUCUUCUCCACAGUUUGCCUUCUGCCCAGAUGAGUAGUGACGAUGGAGAAGGGGAGGAAGAGCAUGGCAGUGUGAUAGAGAAUGAUGAAGAACUGACAGUCAUGGAAGUUUCAGAGAAGGACAUGGUCAGUGAGGCUGAAACGGUAAUGGCAGAACUUCCUCAAGAAGGCAGUACAGAAGAGACCUUUGUCCGUGGAACAGUGCCCCGCAGCACCUCUGUUGAACACCUUGCUGACUUACGUGAACCGCUGUUGGAUGGGGAAGGUCCCAGAACUGAAAGUGAGAGCGAAUUGAGUCCCAGGCCUAAUGGAGACACUGAGUGUGAAAUGUGUGACACGUCCUGCUACAGCCCGUCCUGUUACAGCACCUCCUGUUAUAGCACGUCCUGCUACAGCACAUCAUGUUACAGCACUUCUGGUCAGGACAGUACCAAUCGGUUCUCAAGCCAUACCCGGUUCUCCUCUGUUGACAGUGCAAAAAUUUCAGAGAGCACAGUUUUUUCUUCACAGGAUGAUGAAGAAGAGGAAAACAGCGCUUUUGAGUCAGUGCCAGACUCGGUGCAAAGCCCCGAGCUGGACAGGGAGCAAAUGGAUGGCUCCACUCACUGGCCUGAGGAAAUGAUAGCUCGUGGAGUAAAUCUGCAGAGAACAGCAGAAAAUGUAGAGUCUCCAGUAGCAGGUCCCAGCAACAGAAGAGAAGGUGAUUGCCCUUUACUCCAUAAUUCCCAGCCAAUCAACCAACUUCCUUCCCUGAGGCCUGACCACCAUCAGUACCCAACCAUUGAUGAACCUCUUCCUCCAAACUGGGAAGCUCGCAUAGACAGCCACGGAAGGGUGUUCUAUGUUGAUCAUGUGAAUCGAACUACAACGUGGCAGCGUCCAACUGCAGCAGCUACUCCUGAUGGAAUACGUAGAUCGGGUUCAAUCCAACAAAUGGAGCAACUCAAUCGGCGGUACCAAAAUAUUCAACGGACCAUUGCAACAGAAAGGACAGAGGAGGAAGCAGUUGUUAAUAAUAGGGUGGAAAGGAUCCCUCCUGGAGGAGGCAGUGAUUCUGAGGCAGAUCCUUCACCACCAAAUUCAGAGCUUAGAAGAGAAGUUCCAGUUUCACCUGUGAAUUCUCAGAAAAUAACUUUGUUGCUACAGUCUCCUGCUGUAAAAUUCAUCACCAAUCCAGAGUUCUUCACGGUGCUGCAUGCAAACUAUAGUGCCUAUCGAGUUUUCACCAACAGCACUUGCUUGAAGCAUAUGAUUCUGAAGAUCCGCAGAGAUGCUCGGAAUUUUGAGCGGUAUCAGCACAACAGGGACCUGGUAAAUUUCAUCAACAUGUUUGCUGACACGCGGCUGGAACUUCCACGGGGCUGGGAGAUCAAAACUGACCAGCAAGGCAAGUCCUUCUUUGUUGACCACAACAGUCGUGCUACCACCUUCAUUGAUCCCAGGAUACCACUUCAAAAUGGUCGCCUACCCAAUCAUUUGACUCACAGACAGCACCUGCAGCGUCUCCGUAGUUACAGUGCUGGAGAAGCAUCAGAAGUAUCUCGCAACAGAGGAGUUUCUCUGUUGACCAGACCAGGGAACAGCCUGGUAACAGCAAUUCGAAAUCAGCACCAUCAUGAGUCUUUGCCUCUGGCCUAUAAUGACAAAAUCGUUGCAUUUCUACGCCAGCCCAACAUUUUUGAAAUGCUGCAGGAGCGUCAGCCAAGUCUGGCAAGAAACCAUGCACUCAGGGAGAAAAUUCACUACAUCCGGACAGAGGGUACACAUGGUCUUGAAAAAUUGUCCUGUGAUGCAGAUUUAGUAAUACUACUGAGCCUUUUUGAAGAAGAUGUUAUGUCCUACAUACCCCUUCAAGCAGCUUUCCAUCCCGGCUACAGCUUUUCCCCUCGCUGUUCACCUUGUUCGUCACCUCAGAAUUCUCCAGGCCUACAACGUGCCAGUGCAAGAGCACCCUCUCCAUACAGGAGAGAUUUUGAAGCCAAGCUCCGCAAUUUUUAUAGAAAACUAGAAGCCAAAGGAUAUGGCCAGGGUCCAGGUAAAAUUAAAUUGAUAAUAAGGCGUGACCACCUGCUGGAAGGCACUUUCAAUCAGGUGAUGGCGUAUUCACGAAAAGAGCUCCAAAGAAAUAAGCUUUAUGUCACAUUCGUUGGAGAAGAAGGCUUGGAUUACAGUGGUCCAUCCAGAGAAUUCUUCUUCCUUCUGUCUCAGGAGCUCUUCAAUCCAUACUAUGGCCUGUUUGAGUAUUCUGCCAAUGACACUUACACUGUACAGAUUAGCCCCAUGUCAGCAUUUGUAGAAAACCACCUAGAAUGGUUUCGGUUCAGUGGCCGUAUCCUUGGCCUUGCUCUUAUUCACCAGUACCUUCUUGAUGCUUUCUUCACAAGGCCAUUCUACAAAGCAUUGUUAAGGCUGCCGUGUGAUCUUAGUGACUUGGAGUACCUGGAUGAGGAGUUCCAUCAAAGUUUACAGUGGAUGAAAGACAACAACAUCACUGAUAUCCUGGAUCUCACUUUCACAGUUAAUGAGGAAGUGUUUGGACAGGUAACAGAACGGGAGUUGAAAUCUGGGGGUGCAAAUACACAGGUGACUGAAAAGAACAAGAAGGAAUAUAUUGAAAGAAUGGUGAAGUGGAGAGUGGAAAGAGGGGUUGUUCAGCAGACAGAAGCUCUAGUCCGUGGCUUCUAUGAAGUUGUAGACUCGAGGCUUGUUUCUGUGUUUGACGCAAGAGAACUAGAAUUGGUUAUAGCUGGAACAGCUGAAAUAGACCUUAAUGAUUGGCGCAAUAACACAGAAUAUCGGGGUGGUUACCAUGAUGGGCACAUUGUAAUACGGUGGUUCUGGGCUGCAGUAGAGAGAUUCAACAAUGAGCAAAGACUACGGUUACUACAGUUUGUCACUGGGACAUCUAGUGUACCAUAUGAGGGGUUUGCAGCCCUCCGAGGGAGCAAUGGAUUACGGCGCUUCUGUAUAGAGAAAUGGGGCAAAAUAACAUCUCUUCCAAGGGCACACACGUGUUUCAAUCGUUUGGAUCUUCCACCUUACCCAUCAUAUUCUAUGCUAUACGAAAAGCUGUUGACAGCUGUUGAAGAAACUAGCACCUUUGGACUUGAAUGAGAAAAAAAUGGAAGCAUUUGAAGUGUUUUUUCUGUUCAGUGACAUCACUCCCUACCCUGCUGCCAUAUGAUUUUGAUAUUCUGUGUUUUUAUUUCCGGAGGCAAAAUCAAGAUCGACAAAAGCUGUGCAUGAAGAACAGCCUUCCUUUAAGAACUAGCCUUCAUGCUUUCAUAUUUGGUUCUGAAUGGACAACUAGCCUGUAUGCAAUAUAAAAAAAAACCAACAGUCUCAAGGUCUCUGUGUAUCUCCACAUACCUCCAUUAGUAAUAAUGAAAAUAUGAAUGCAAGUUAUGCUACACUUGACCAAAUGUUAAUAAAUGUUUACGUCCACCUAUGUUGUUUAAAAAACAAAAAUCAAGCAUUCCAAGCUUUUCUAUGCCCAUCUCUUCUGGAUUAAACCUACAGUCCAUCUUGCGUCUUAACAGCUCUAUCCACUAAUGGAACUGAUCAAGUCUCCUUCAUCUGUCCUUGAUUUUCUUGUACAAAUUGUGAGGGGCACCUAUGAGCAAACCUGAAUUUUUAUACACAGACUCAUAUUCCAAAUCAACUACAGCAGCUGGAGUUGGGCCAGAUGUGUGGUGCAGAUAAGACGUUCAAAACAAAACAAACCUGCAAUGCAAUGUGUCACUGAUAGUUAAUUACCAAUACUGGGAAUCAUUGUACUUCAGAGCUAUUGAUGAAUGGAUGGGAGAUAAAGUUUAUUGUUACAGCAACACACAAGCACACAUUUGUGCACUCAAAAAGGAUGUCUCAUUAUGUAGCAUAAUAAACAACAACACAUGUCCUAAUUAUUGUACAUAACAAAACAACCUGAAAAAUAUUCUCUUACUAUCUUCUGCUCCCAUUUACUGUUUCUUUGUUUUUGAUGUUAAAACAUUUCCAUACAGAGAUCUAGACAAUCCUGCACCAUGUGCUGAAAGCCAUUAAUUCUUUAACAUACGCUGAUUAACACAGUUGUGUUUCUGUUUCAUUUCUCUUCAGUCUUAAAUACCCAAUAAUUGCAGAUUUGGUUCUACACAAAACAUACAACCAAUGUUGAAUUAUGUGUGAAGCUGCAGAGAAUGAUAAUGUUGAAGUACCAUGAAUGACAACUUUCCUUAGUUAUUAAACAUUUGAAUUUGUUCCUAAAGCCAUUGGUCUACCUAGUAUGCUAUUGAAUAGUAAUUUGAAGAUUCUGACCUUCUUUCUCAUCAGAGCAAACAGCAAAACUAAUUAGCUUUGUGGGUUUUGAUUAACAUUGGCAAAAUCAUAAAAAAACAAAACACACUGAAGCAUGGAUACUCUGAUGAGGACAGUACUUUAAAUGCUGGUGUUGUGAUCAUCCUUACCUUUGACUAUGUUGUGUGGGAGGAAUGAGAUGCAAGGAGCAUGAAAGAGGCUGGUGCCCAAGAGCCGAAAUUCAGCUCCUUCUCUCAUUCCAGUUAUAUUCUGCAGGUCAAGGAACUGAAGAAUAGACCCAGAGAAUUCGGCCAAAUAAAGUUACACAAUAGUCACUUGAAAAAGGCACUAUGGACAGUAGAGUCUCGCUUAUCCAACGUAAAUGGGCCAGCAGAAUGUUGGAUAAGCGAAUAUGUUGGAUAAUAAGAGCUUAAGGAAAAGCCUAUUACACAGCAAAUUAGGUUAUGAUUUUACAAAUUAAGCACCAAAACAUGUUAUACAACAAAUUUGACAGAAAAAGUAGUUCAAUACACAGCAAUGCUAUGUAGUAAUUACUGUAUUUAUGAAUUUAGCACCAAAAUAUCACAAUAUAUUGAAAACACUGACUUCAAAAAUGUGUUGGAUAAUCCAGAACGUUGGAUAAGCGAGUGUUGGAUAAGUGAGACUCUACUGUAUUUAAAAAAUCAAACUUCCUUCAGGGUGAAAUAUUUUCAGAAUAAUCUCUCACCCAAAUAAAAUAAUAACGAUUAAGAUAUACCAUGCCAAAAUAGAGUAACAUAUUGAAAACUUGAGAUUGUAUCCAGCCAAAGUUAAGAAUGUUUAGGGUCUAUCUGUCAGUGAAAGAGAUUUAAGCAAGUAUUUAGUUAUUUUCUAUUGACAUUUAAUGAAACAUGGAAGACGUUAACUGGCUGGAUCAUGGCUUAAUUUGAAUAUGAUUGCAUCUUUUCAUUUAACAAUGCCAGUAAUAUGGUGCCUCCUUGUUUAAUAAACCUUUAUUUUAAGUAACCUAGACUAUUCUUAAAAAUAAGAAAUGGAUGGGCUCUUAAAGCAUUAAGUAUGUAUAUGAAGAGCAGAUACAUAUUCAUGACUAAUUUGGCUUGCAUUCUGGUUGAUAUAAAAAACAAACUUAAUGACCAUAUGAAUUGUACUUAAUACACAAGGACACAUUGUGUGGUAGGCAUUUUCACCACUGCAACUGUUGUUUCAAUGGAAUCUCAUUAAACAUAUUGUAAAUCUCAUUGAAAAUAAAAGGUGUUUAGUAAGUCUUGUGGAGCUGCACCCUCCAGAAGAUUUGCCUAAAAGGAAAUGUCCAGUACACAACCCACUGUCCACAGAAUCCUAUGAACAUCAUGCCACCUUAGGCCUCAGUUCAUUUGUGUAAUUGUAUUUAGAUGGCAUUAACAAAAAUCUGGAAUUCAGACAAGGUUGUCAAACUGUAGAUAUCUCACUAGUUAGUUCCAGGUGGGCCAAAUACAAAAAUGUACAAAAUACAAUAUAGUUUACUAUUAAAACCCUUUCCUUGUUAUACUGUAUACUUACAUUUUUAAAGUAUUUAAAAGCUAUAUUUUAUUAAAAAAUUGAGCUAUUUUGGUAGCAUGGUGAAGGAUUUGUAUAUGCAGUAAGGCAUCUGAAGCAGGAUAAAUGUACUCCGAAUUCCACUACAGAAUUGUAUCCUCUUCUGUUCUGGAAGGUGAAAUAGGGUCGAUGCAGUUCAAAGUUUGGCUCCCAAAACUUUGUGUUUUUAUUCUAGGAAAUAUAGUUUCUCUGGAUCUGAGAGAAAAAAAACAUCACUAUAAAUAUCAUACACUGUAAGCUUUUUAUCAUAUCAUGUAUUUUUAUGGUACCUUUUUAAUUAAAAAAUCUCCUUUUCACAGCUUUGACGGCUGAAAGAGCUGGGCAUGUUUAGCCUGCAGAAGAGAAGGCCGAGAGGAGACAUGAUAUCCAUGUACAAAUACGUGAAGGGGAGUCAUAGGGAGGAGGGAGCAAGCUUGUUUUCUGCUGCCCAGGAGACUAGGACGCGGAAGAAUGGCUUUAAACUACAGGAAAGGAGAUUCCACCUGAACAUCAGGAAGAACUUCCUAACUGUGAGAUCUGUUUGGCAGUGGAACUCUCUCCCACGGACUGUGGUGGAGGCUCCUUCUUUGGAAGCUUUUAAGCAGAGGCUGGAUGGCCAUCUGUUGGGGGUGCUUUGAAUGCGAUUUCCUGCUUCUUGGCAGGGGGUUGAAUUGGAUGGCCCAUGAGGUCUCCUCCAACUCUGAUUCUAUUAUUCCAUAGCAUAGGAAAGGAACCCCUUGGCCUUCUAAACAUUUUGGAUGACAAUCCCUGCAUUCUCUUGGGAAAGGAAAUAACAUUUUAGGAAUUUAAGAAGUCAGAGUAAUCAUUGAGACAUUGCUUCUUGCAGAUGAACUAUAUUUAUGUACCGAGGACUUCUUUUUUGUCCUAGGCCAGAGAAAUUGCAUUGAAAAUGGACAUUGGGGGAGGGGGGGACAUUCUAAAACUCGGCAACAUAGAAGAUGCUUUCCUGUGUAUUAUUUCAUCCUAUGGUGCCUAGGAAUUUUGAUGGAUGAAACAACAUCACAGAUGAGCAGUUGCAUAACUUUCCCAUGUUACUGUUGUCCUACCUUCUGAUAAGAAGUGGGGCCAACACUACUAAGGAUGCAUAAAAAUAAGGCCACAUGCAGUGAUAAGCAAUAGAUUCUUAGACAGUAAUUUUAUAGAUAGUUCAGGCCUGGGUCUCAAAACAACACAACCUUCAUUGCCCCCACAUUGCUGUUUGCUUUUAUUUUGGUCAUAGAUUUGCAGUACCUAGACAUUUUUUCUUCUGUUUGGCAUAUUUGAAUUUUCAUUUUGGCAUAGCAAAUGGGCAAAUUGGAUUUUGUACUGUAUAUUAAUGAAUUUUUCAGUAUUUCAAUUAAAAAAUAACAGCAUUCUCACUUCUUUCAUGUAAAUAAAGUUUUACUAAUGGAGAUCAACACUGGUGGAGUUCACAACCAGGUCGAUUGCUUUAUUUUCUGCAGGUCCCUUCAGUAUAAAAGUGGCAUUGCUCCAGUGUGAGAUUGGCUACUUACACCUAAACAUAUUAAUUUGUAAAUACCAUUUCGUAAUUUAAAGAGAUUCUACUUCCAAGUAAACAUAUCAUUAAAAAAUGCUAAAUCAAUGGACCUAAGCCCACAUAUUUGGCAAUAAACGAUACUGAAAUUAAUAUUCUUUUCUACAUUCACAUAUGCCUCGUGGCAAGGAGAUAAUCAUAUUUUUGUGUAUAAUUUAGGUAACAAUGUGGUGUCAGAAUACUCUUAUUUUUUCUUGAACAAAACAUCCGCCCUGAACUAAAUUUUAGGUAUGCUAAAGUCUAUGGGACUAUUGCCAAUAACUUCAGGAGUGAUGGAACAUCUCAGGAAGGAAUUCCCAACAAAGAUGCAAUUAGUUCAGUCAAAUAACACACUGAGAAUAAUUUCUACUUUUAAGAUGGUGCUUUUUACAAGUACCUCAGUGUUUAAAGGUUGACUGCAACACACCACAAAUCUGGAAUAGCCUUUCUAUAAAGGUUACAUUGUCACUUUCUCCCUAGAAAUAGUUGUGAUCUAUUCAACCGAUACCUGUAGAUAGUAGAAUCAGUACUAAAACAUUAGCUAAAUUCCCUGCAGCUUCCAAUUUAUCUAGAACCAAGUGUCUGUUAUGGUUUCAUUAAAGACUUCUUACAAGUCAAUGGCAGGAAAGGUCCACAUUUGGGCUGAUUUUGCUUCUAUUGACAGGAAAAAUGUCAACAUGAUACUCAGGCUGUGCUUUCUAUUCAAUCAUAUCACUGUAAAGGAAUGUCAAUAAAAUCUCUUUGUUAUGGCA